CCCAGGCGGCAAUGGCGGCAAUGUUUGUUCGUUCUCAGAAAGUUGUGUCCGUUGGUUCAUCGUUUCGAACCUCAAGAUUCAAUAUUCUGCAAUGGGGCGACGAAGCGGUUUUCGGUGCUGUCAACCUGGAGCGCCGAAGCGUGGUGGGGCAGCCCUGCAGGCGGCUGAAGCGAGCAGCUCAGCAGAGGGCACUGACUCUUGACAAGCUGGCAGCCGUGGGCAGGUGCCUCUUGGAGCGUUUCAUGGUGUGCCGCAAGUGCCAUGCCCCUUGCUGCAACACCAGAGAUGUUGUCGGCACACUACUGAUUGUCAACAGGAGACAUGGUGGUGCCAGCCAAAGAUUUCUUCGACAUGUACAUCGGACAAGCACCCUCGGAUGUGUCGCCUAGGAAACAAAAGGGUUUCAUGAACAAGUAUAUCGCGGAGCAACUUCAAGAUAUCGACAGGAAGCUGCAGUUUUAAGCUACUUUUGGGAAUUUAGUUUUCCUGUUGAUAUGAUGACAGUGCGUGGCUAUUUGCUUUUGUCAUGCCUGUAACAUAUCUGUUUCGUCAACUGUACCUGCUUUCGAGACCUUGUUUUAGUUUCUUGCAUGCUCUUUUCAGGAAGUGUGUCAGGAUGUCAUUUCAGUGGAGAGCCUCGGAAUACGAAAGGCAGACCGGGGGUUGCCAGCUUACCUUUUUCUGAACAGGAAUCGUAUGGGUGGACCUGCAUAACGGGUCAAUCCGCGUAACAGGUCGAUCCGUAUCUGGUCGGGUGCUCUUGUUUGUUACCUGUUCACAUAUAGGACGACCUGUUUGCAUACGGGCCCCGUAUGUCCAUAACAUUGUGUGACCCAAACGGGUCAAUCUGUAUGAAAAUUAUAUGUGUUUCUUCUGUAAGGGUUAUCACAGCGAGGGGGCAAUGAAGGAAAUAUGGCUGUACUUCUGAGACAGCAAUGUUCGCUUAUAUGUCCCGCCCUACUUAACCGGACACAUUUACGCCAAGAUCAUCAUUCAUCCGAACACUAGGUUUACUAAAAGUGGGCUAUCUUUCUGUGUUUUCAAAGAAAAUAACAAAUCGAGCCCAAAAUGGGGGGUGGGUUACCGUUCGGGGAAGGGGCAUCUCGGAAUUUUACGGCAGUGUCCCCCCUUAACUUUCUGCCCCCCUUGUCUUGCUCGUCCAUGUGCAGACCAAGAAGAGGCACCGUCCCUCGAGGGGUCAGUGCAGACCUUCGCGUGCGGGGACUGCGACAGCGUCUUCGCUUCCCUCGAACACUUCCAGGGACAAUGGAAGAAGAUGCACGAGAGGAGAGGAGGUGGGCACCAAUGCAAUUACUGUCCCUACUCCAGCGAUAUUAAACAAAACCUAGUCAUGCACGAGCGCACCCACACGGGACAGAGGCCUUUCGUGUGCGGCACCUGCGGCAAGGCUUUCACGCAGCAGGGCAACUUGACCAGGCACCAGAAUGUGCACACGGGCGAGCGUCCUCACGAGUGCGCCGAGUGCGGGCAGAAGUUCGCCCAGCCGGCAGACUUGAGGCGGCACGAAAGCACGCACACCGGAGUGCGGCUCCACGUCUGCCCAGAGUGUGGUAGAGGAUUCGCUCAGACAAGUCACCUCUCAAGGCACAGGCAAACCCAUUCCGGCGAGAAGCCCUAUGCCUGUCACCUGUGCUGCUACAGGGCCUCUGAUUUAAGCAGCGUGACGAGGCACCUGAUCGGGGCACACUCAAAAGAGUAUCCCCACAAGUGCGGGGACUGUGGCAAAGGGUUUCUGUCCCCAGGUGAACUCGGAAGCCACAUGAGGAGGCAGCACGCCUGCGGUGACCAGAAGCAGUAGAUGAAC